AUGGGAACACAAUUCAAUGUGCAAAACACUCCAUUUCCGAAUCUUGCCUGGGCAACAACAUCUUGGAAUAUGGGGGCGGCCUUCUGGCCACUUAUCUUUGUGCCGUUGACAGAAUCAUCGGGUCGCAUGCCGGGUUAUUUUGUGGCUUAUUUCAUUCUUGUAGUUUCGCUUUUCCCUUCAGCCUUCGCACAGAAUUUUGCGACCCUUGUCGUCACGAGAUUUUUUGGCGGAGGCGCGUCAUCCGUCAGCAUUAAUAUCGUCGGUGGCAGUAUUAGCGAUGUCUGGUAUGGCAAUAAGGCUCGCAGCUUACCGAUGUCGCUAUUUGGUUUCACCAGUGUUGUGGGGAUUGCACUUGGUCCAUUUAUCGGUGCCGCAAUCCAGACUAUAAAUAAACAUGAUCCAUGGAGAUGGAUCUUCUAUAUUCAAAUUAUCUAUAAUGCAGCACUGAUACCGGUAUUUUGGCUAAUCCUUCGCGAGACUCGGGGAGAUGUUAUUCUUAAAAAGCGUGCCAAGAAGCUUCGCAAGGAGACCGGGAGACCCAUCUACGCGGAAGCUGAUUUGAACACAACUAGCGUGUGGAAAUUGCUGCAAGUAUCCUUUGAGCGGCCGACUCGAAUGCUUCUUACAGAGCCAGUGGUUAUUUUUUUCACGCUUUGGGUCAGUUUUGCCUGGGGGAUUCUUUUUCUCUUCUUCUCCAGCGUCUCGCAGACAUUUAGUCACAAUUACGGCUGGGGUACAUUUACGACAGGCCUGGUGCAGCUCGCUAUUUCAGCUGGCGCAGUUAUCGGUACUGUGUUCAAUCCUAUCCAGGAUUGGAUAUAUUUGAGAUCAGCGAAGAGGAAUAAGGAACAACCAGGGAAGCCAAUUCCAGAGGCUCGACUCUAUACAUCUAUUCCCGGCAGUUUGCUAUUCGCGGCUGGAUUAUUUUGGUACGGAUGGGGCAGUGUAGGCAACGGGUCCAUUCAUUGGAUUGUACCUACACUGGGCAUUGGAUGCACCGGAGUUGGGAUUUAUAGCAUUUACAUGGCUGUUGUGAAUUAUCUGACGGACGCUUAUGAGAAAUAUGCUGCCUCUGCUCUAUCAGCUGCCUCGUUAGGCCGGAACACCUUUGGAGCUUUCUUACCUCUCGCGUCUUACGAACUUUUUGAGACACUGGGCUAUGGCUGGGCUGGCUCGCUAUUGGGGUUUGUUGGUGUGAUUCUGUCUGUCGUCCCUGUUGUUUUGGUGCUGAAAGGCCCUGAUAUUCGACGCCGAAGCCCGUUCAUGCGAGAGUCUAUGUUUGAUGCAGAGGAGAGUGUAGACGAGGCAGAGAAGACAGAUGUCUGA